GGAGGCUACGGCCAACAACCAGUGUACCCUUCAAUCCCCACACCCCAUUCAUUUAGCUACGUUGCACCCGCUGACGGCGGUUUUAGCGCACGACAGGAGGUUGGAGAUGGAUAUGGGAACGUAAGAGGAACUUACAAGCUUUCUGACCCAGAUGGACGAUUUAGGAAAGUCCAAUACACUGCUGGUCCUGAAGGAUUCCGAGCUCAAGUCUACACCAACGAACCUGGUACCAAGAGUGAAAGUCCUGCUGACGUCAAUUUCCAAUCCUCUGCUCCUGUUCCACCUCCUUAUUACCCACCUAGGCAACGCCCUGGACACGGAACCCCUGGUGGUGGAGGUGGUUAUCCAAAACACCCUCUUCCAGCUAGCAGACCUUGGCAAUAA